AUACAAGCUAAAACCAAAACGACCGCAGACUUCACCGACGGGUUUUGUACUCUCUCUCUCUCUGCCUCUCUAUCAAUUUGUUCAUUUUGGUUUCUUUGUUAGUUUCUGAGAUGGCGAAGCGUUUGAUCCCACUACUGAAUCGGGUUUUGGUGGAGAAAAUCGUCCCUCCGUCCAAGACCCACGCCGGAAUCUUGCUCCCUGAGAAGGCCACCAAGCUGAACUCUGGAAAAGUUGUGGCUGUGGGUUCUGGGAUUCGUGGUAAAGAGGGAAACUUGAUUCCUGUUAGUGUAAAAGAAGGAGACACUGUCCUUUUACCUGAUUUUGGAGGAACUCAAGUGAAGCUUGGUGAUAAAGAGUAUCUUCUGUAUCGAGAUGAAGACAUAUUGGGAACACUGCAUGAAUGAUGUACUACAUGACCUGAAACCUUAAAUGCUGCCUGUUGAAAUAGUUUAUGAGACAUUGUAGUAGGUCAUGAGACAUCAGAUGAAAGAAACAUUUACUUUUCUAUUAUCUGGUUAAUGACACUCUUGAAAAUAAAUCAUCGUCCCUUGUUUUAAUUUAAUUAUUUCCACUUGGUGGUGUUUUAGUUUA